AUGAGGGCGGCACCUAUUUUUAGCUCUCCUUCCACUGGAGAAGCCCAAGGAACAGCCACCUCCUCCUGGUCGCCUCCCAAACGCGGUUCCCCCUUUCCUCCCCACCCCCAACCCGAGUGCGAGGAAGAGACUGAAGUAACCACCGCACCUGCGAUGCUGAGCACCUUCCAGAUCUGCGCCUGCACUAACGAGCUCUGCCUGCUCGCCGACGCGGAGCCUCGGCCGCAUACCGCGCUCGCCCUCACCUACGGUUUCACCGUCCUGCACGGCUUGACCCUGGCUGGCAGCACGUGCAACCCUUGCGGCACCUUGCAGCACAUCUGGGGUGAUGGGAUGUCGGCCCAGGCGGGUGGACUCAAGAUCGGUGCUCAGUUUGUCGCUGCGGUGCUGGCCAGAGGAUUUAUGCACUUUGUCUGGAGCCUGGGCGUCGCGGAACCGCAUGCUGGAGCACUCGCACAGGGCUGCAGCAAUCCCCUGCAAACCACGGAGACGCAGGCGUUUUUCAUAGAGCUGCUCUUUUCUGCUGUUUUCCAGCUGGCCAUACUGCAACUGGACGCUGUUCAUCCCAACUUCAGAGUCCAUUUUAUUGCUCUUCUCAUCACCAUGCUUGUGUAUUCAGGUGGAAAUCUCACAGGAGCAAUAUUUAACCCAGCAUUGGCUUUUUCAUUACAUCCAUAUUGUUUCUAUGAGAAAUUUUUGAGUUAUUCACUAGUAUAUUGGAUAGCACCAUCCUUAGGUACAAUACUUGUUGCUUUUGUAUGGGAUGAAAUCCUUCCUCGGAUAUCUUGAGAUGUCCUGAAGAUAUUGAGAUAAUCUGAACUCCAGCAAUACCACAUUAAAAAACACUUUAAAAAAAAAAAAA